GUGGUUCGAGGCUUGGCUGACAAAGCGGAGACAAAACCACAUUGAUUCGCACCCACAGUCUUCACACACUGGAGCUGCAUCUCUAUGCAACUGCAUACUUUGCAGUCUGGGAGUUGUAGUUCUCCACGCCCCUUGCCUUUGCCCACCCACUUCCCUUACGACAGACGGGGGUGCUUCUCUUAUCCGAAACGGACUUGAAGCUGCAACUCUCUAGUCUUCUUUUUCUUCUCAGGCAUGUAUGAUGGGAGUUGUAGUUUCCCUUGAGGCCACGCUGGAGCCUGUGGGAACGUGGAUCAUGACAUUCUUGAGCCUCUCUUCUUGGAAGGGAAGGGCCAAGUGGAAUAAAUCUCUCAGAGAGUCAUGAGACAAGCACUCAUUCUCUGGAGGGUUCAGAAAAAAGGGGACUUGGCCUGGUUUAAGGCCUCUCUUGGGCCUUUGAUGCGGCCUUAAGGGAGGCAAUGGGCAGCGAAAGGGGAAACCUCGCGUCCACUCCAAGUCCCAUCAUCCCCAUCCUCACAACUCUGGUUCUGCUCUCUGGUUUUGUGACAGCGAGGCCUCUGCAAGGCAACCAGAGCAGCUGGAAGAAGAAACCCAAUGUGGUGCUGGUGGUCUGCGACUCCUUCGAUGGAAGGCUAACAUUUCAUCCAGAAAAUGAAACAGUGGCCUUGCCUUUCAUCAGUCGCAUGAGGAGUCGUGGCAGCCUUUUUCUUAAUGCCUACACCAACUCUCCAAUAUGUUGUCCUUCCCGUGCAGCCAUGUGGAGUGGCCUUUUCACUCACUUAACUGAAUCUUGGAAUAACUUCAAGGGCUUAGAUCCAAAUUAUACAACAUGGAUUGAUCUCAUGGACAAGCAAGGCUAUUAUACCCAGAAAUAUGGGAAACUAGAUUAUACUUCAGGGCAUCAUUCACUAAGUAAUCGUGUGGAGGCUUGGACCAGAACUGUUGAUUUUUUGCUUGAGCAAGAAGCCAGGCCUGUGGCAAAACUCAUAAAUAAUAAGACACAUGUGAGAGUUAUGGAAAAAGACUGGGCAACCACUGAUGAAGCAGCUACUUGGAUAAGAAAUAAAGGAGAGAACUUGACACAACCCUUUGUUCUUUACUUGGGAUUAAAUUUACCUCACCCAUAUCCUUCACCCUCCUCAGGAGAAGACUAUGGGGCAUCUACAUUUCUGACAUCCACAUAUUGGCUACAAAGGGUGAAAUAUGAAGCCAUCAAGAUUCCAAAAUGGUCCUCAUUUUCAGAGAUGCACCCAGUAGAUUAUUAUUCUUCUUACACCAAGAACUGCACUGGGACAUUUACUGAAAAAGAAAUCCGCAGUAUCCGAGCACACUAUUAUGCCAUGUGCGCAGAAACUGAUGCUAUGCUAGGAGAGAUAAUUUCUGCUCUGAAUGAAACAAGAUUACUCCAAAAUACUUAUGUCAUAUUCACAUCAGAUCAUGGUGAGCUUGCUAUGGAGCACAGACAGUUUUAUAAAAUGAGUAUGUAUGAAGCAAGUUCUCAUGUUCCUCUUCUUCUAAUGGGACCAAACAUUAAGCCUCAACUCAUAUCCAGUGUGGUGUCCCUAGUGGAUAUCUAUCCUACCAUGCUUGCUGACAUCGUUGUGACGUUACUUUCAGAUAUUGCUGAAAUCCCCAUACCAAAAAAUCUCAGUGGGUUUUCAUUGAUGCCUUUGGCAUUGAAAAACACAGUAGACAAGGUCCCAUCUAGAGUGGAACAUUCUCCUUGGGUUCUCAGUGAAUAUCACGGCUGUGAUGUGAAUUCUUCAACUUAUAUGCUGCGAACUGACAACUGGAAAUACAUAGCUUAUGGAGAUGGCCAUUCAGUAUUUCCACAGUUGUUUGAUCUCUCUGCUGAUCCUGAUGAACUAACGGAUAUAGCAGCAAAGUUUCCAGCCAUUACACAGUCUUUGAACAAAAUGCUGUUCUCCAUAAUUGACUAUCCGAGGGUCUCUGUCUCUGUUGAACAAUAUAACAAGCAGCAAUUCAUCAACUGGAAACAAAGUUUAGGACAAAACUAUUCUGAUACCAUAGCUAACCUCAGAUGGCAUGAAGACUGGAAAAAGAACCCCAAAAUGUACGAACAUGCCAUUGAUAGAUGGAUUAAAAGCAACUCAGGUAAAACGUCAAUAGAAAGUCAGGACUGAGUGUCCCAAAUAAUCUAAUUCUGAACAAAGAAGACACAGGUGUAAUGAGUGAUUAUCUUUCACUGCUUAUUGGAUGUAAACUGUAGAUUUGGGAGACACUUCCAACCACAAGCCUCCCCCAUUUCCAAGGUAACAAUUACACUGGGAAUGCGACACAAGACUGGACCCUACAGAAGUGAAGAGACUUUUUCUAGCCUUGGAAUGUUUCUAAUCUAACAAAAAAAAAAAAAAACAGUGUGCAGGAGUCAGGAAGAGGCCCUUUUGUGCUGUGUUGCAUUGCCAUCUGCCCCCUCUCUCUGGAGAGUUCUUGUUUAUAAUGGAGAAAUCAGCAAAAACAUCACACCUUCUGUUGGUGGGAGCAAAAACUAGAUAUAACUCAAUGAGUGUACAUGCAGAUCCCAAAUAUAUAUUUUUGGUGCAAUUGGUUUAAUAGCUAACUACACGUAUUUUAAAACAUCACCCCUCUGAAAGUAAAUAGUGAUUGGAGGUAGAAUUGUACAAAGCUUAGUUUCAUUUGCUAUUCUUUAUUGACCUUCUAGAUGCUUUAAAAACCCCUAUUUCAUGUUAUCUACGGCUUCCAAAUGUUAAUUAGUUUUCAUGUAGCAUACAUCCGGAGCCCCCAGAUGGCGUAGUGGACAAAGUGACUUGAAGGUUGGGUUGCUGACCUGAAAGCUGCCAGGUUCGAAUCCCACCCGGGGAGAGUGCGGAUGAGCUCCCUCUAUCAGCUCCAGCUCCAUGCGGGGACAUGAGAGAAGCCUCCCACAAGGAUGGUAAAAACAUCAAAAAACAGGGCGAUCCCUGGGCAACGUCCUUGCAGAUGGCCAAUUCUCUCACUCCAGAAGCAACUCAAGUUGCUCCUGACACGAAAAAAAAUGUAGCAUACUUUGAACACUUACCAUAUAAACUUCAUUCGCAGUUAAGGCAUCAAUACCAUUAUGUUCCAGUUGGUCUAAAUAUCCGAAGUAUUUUGCAUACACAUUAUUUCUGGCAACUGUAGUUCUGUUCAUUUUACAGUAAAAUAAUUAGAUCUCUUCACUUUUACUUCACCAAAGGCAGAGGCAAUGAAGAAGGAAUAAAUCAGUGUGUGUGUGUGUGUGUUAAUCAAUUCUAUAUCCACAUACCUGUAUAUAAAAGUCAAAAUAUGAAUGUUUAUUUAUAUGUACGUAUAUUUGAACCACAAAGGCUCUUACAUGGCUUGAUAAAUAUGGACCAAACUUA